UAUUUUAGUAUUUUAAGUAUUCUAUAGCACAGAAAAUCAGGUGUUAUUAGGGUAGCAAGGCGUUUUCGUCUUAAUAAAAUAAUGUGCAUUUUUUUUAAAUAGAUCAUCUUGAAUUCUGAAUGCUAAAGGAUUACUCUGCUGGAAGAUAAAACUUAAUACUUUUCGACUAUUUUCACAAUUGAUUAUGAAAGAUGGUGUUGAAUAAAUGGCGGCAUUAGCCUUGAGAAGUCAAUAUAGUUCAUUAUAAUACAGACUUGACGUUAUACAAAUCGCGACUAAAAUGUGUGAAAACCCUAGCCUUUCUCAGGAAAAAAAAUAUAUUGUAUAUAAUUAUGAAGUGACUGUAGGAUGACAGAUGUAAGAAUGAAGCGGACACCUCCUGUCGAAACAUUAAUUUACCAUUUAUUAUACUCUAUCUAUCGAUGUGUCCGAAUGUUUCAACAACAAAAUACUGAAGUAAUAACUAGUUAUGUCUGACAAUCCCGACGAAGCAGCUUACUAUCUCCGUUUCAUUUCCAUGUACAUUGACCUUGGAACAGAAACAGUUUUGAAAGUGAUGUUAUAUUUCACCCCAGACAAAGAUGUUCAAGCGUAUUUGCAAUCCAAAUCUAAAAAGUUACAUUCUUUAAAAAGAAAAAAAGUUCUGAGUGAUAUUGAGUAUUCUCUUGUAAGUGGUAACCGUGUACAUCAGUUUGAUAUAUCACUUCUUAUAACUUUACUGACAAAUUUGUACCGAAAGAAGCUGGCACGUAGUAAUUGGACAUCGCUACCAGAUGCAGAGGACCACUCAAUUGGGGCCGAUUUAAUUCGGUUACGGCGGAUACGAAAUUCAAUAAUUGGCCAUCAAACACGUGCAAAGAUGCAUAAACCUAAAUUUGAGCACUUGUGGAAUGGAGUAAAGACAAUACUAGUAAGGCUUAUUCAUGAAGUGGAACCAAGAUCUGAAAGCAGACUGAAAAAACAAUUUGCAGAAUAUCGCGAUAGAGAAUUAGAUGCUGGAAAUGAACAAGGGCAAAAAUACCUUGCCACAUUGAGAGAAUGGUGGGAUAGUUGUGAGGAAAUACGAAACAUACAAGAGAAGGUUGAAGAGUUACUGAAGAGAACUCAAGACUUUAGUCAGUUCUUUACAACAAAACAGAAGAGCUACUGCCGUUACGUUAAACUAUUGUAUGAAGGCGGACGUUUGGUAUUGCAGGGCAUUCUAGACAAAAACGUAUCGGAAAGUGAGGAAGGAUUUGAAACAAUUUUGUUAAAUAAUCAAGAUAAGCUCAGGGCAGAUUUCAAAGAUGAAGCUCUAUACAGAGAGGUAUUCCCAGAGAUUGAUGAUCAAACUGUUAACACGGACGUAAAAAUGUGGGACAUUUUGACUCUUGCGAAAAUACUGAUUAGCGUUUUCAAUGUUGAUGACAAGAAUAUCAGAACGAUCAUUGAAGCUAGAAACCGAUGUUCUAACAUGACAAUGAUGGACCCUGACAAUGUUUCACUGAGCUUUGAAUGUGAAUCACUUAUUUGUUGUCUCAAUAAACUUUCUACAAAGUCAGACAAAUGCAUAGAGGAAGAGUGUGAUAGAAUCAUUGAAACGACAAAAGAAGAAUCGAUUGACGAUUUUACAAACUGUCAUGAAAAGUGCUUUGAACAACUGAAGAUUUUUGAAAAUGCGUACAAAGCAACCGUUGCGAAACUGAAGGAGACUGUGAAAGAAAUGGACGAUAUAGGGGUACCGUUUAUGAAGGACCAUGUCCUAGAACUACAAAUGAUGACACUCGGCAGCAGCAUCGAAAAGAGAACAACUGCAGAAGAAAUACUAGAAACUGUCUGGCAGACAGCUCUUGAAAUGUCCGAUAGUCCGGCAGAAUUUGGAGCUGUAAGGGGAGCUGUGGACAGAAUAUUGGAAAAUAUAAAGUCGAUCCCAGGUUCAAGGAUUGAAAAGAUAGAGAGGCACUGCAUACUUUUGCAAAUAAGAUGUUAUUCGUGGAGAGGUAUACUCAGCACAAUAGAGUAUUUUGAUGGCAAUGAUUUCUGCAGUCACCUCACAGAUGUUUCCAUAGAGCUAAGCCUAUUUUGUGACACACCGUUGGCUUUACAAGGGCAUUUUACAAUGGAAUGCCUGUUUGACGUGUUGGAGAAGAAGCAGCCUUCAGGUUAUAUUCAAGGCAGACAGCAUUCAUAUUUAAGUGUACCAAUUAGGUGUUCGUCUGCAGAAGGCAUGCGCAAAGUUUUGACAGGUUUGGGAGACGAAAGUACGAACAAUAGUGUCAAUAUGUUAGCAGAUGCACUUUCAUAUCACUGCGGCGAGAGGAUAUCUUUGAAAAUAGACACUGACCUUAAAGAAUUUACUAACACUGGGGUUUUUAUUCAAACGGGGGAAGAUGCCAGUUUCCACGUGAUAAAUUCAAGUCAAACGAACGAGAAGAGAUGCGAAGAAAUGAAAUACAGUGCAAGUCGAGGUACUCGGAAAGAUCAACCGACUAUUACAAAGCCACUAAAAAAUAAUCCGAGCAUUCCAAACAGAGAUAUGAAUAGCGGACUUGAUGAAAAGGACACCCUUACCAUACAUAAACUAAGGGAAGAGUUAAAAAAGAGUAAGAAAAAAGUGCAUAGACUUCAAACGGAAAUAAGGCUGCUGAAAAAUCAGCUUGAAGAAUCACAAGAAAAAUCGACAGUGUCUGAAGAAAGAGCUCAAGAACUUUCAAAAGUAAUAUUAGAGAAGGAUAAAGAAAUAGAAGAUCUUAAUGUCGCUGUUGAGAAUCUAGAGAAAAAUCUAAAUGAAUCUACAUGUACUUCUCAGAAAUCCUUAGAACAGUUACAUGAAAUCCAGAAUAAGCUUGAGGCCCACACUAAAGCCGUGCGAAGUCUAGAGCAGAGCUUUAAAGAUGACAUUAAAAAUUUGCAACAUCAAGUAGAGAAAAUGGACAAGAGACAGGAAGAAAGUCAAAAAACAAUAAACUUCAUAGCAAGCACUUUAAAUGAACUUAUUAAGAAAGAGAAUCCGCAGCAGCAACAGCAACAACAACAUGGAGAAGGAUGUGGAACUACUUUGCCUGACAUAGUUAACUCAUUGCAACCAGGCCGCAUCGAUACUUCUGCAAAAGGAAAAAAGCAUCUAGAAAGACCUAUGUGGAAACCACACGUUGGAAAAGCCAACAAAUAAUUGUUGAUAAGAUGCAUCUCACUUCGUAUUUCACGGCAUCUGAAACCAUUGUAUAUUGUGAUUAAUUGUCAUUAAUGGACUAAUAUUGUAAACUAGCACUUCAAAUCUUAUUUUCAAUGUUCACCUUAUAAGAGGGACAGCAAAAUUAAUGCGAAACGGACGCGCUGUAACUAAUAAAGUUGAUCACUGGCCACAUACUGUAUGAUUAUAUAAAGUCAGUAAAAUGGCCUGUCUGUCGCUUCUGAUUUAACAGGGAUAAGGACGUGACUAUUUUAAUGUAUAUCUAUGCUACUGCUUUCUAUUACAAGUACCAACUUUGCUGCAAGAUGCAGCAAAAGGAAACUGCGCCAAACAAAGCACUGUGCGUAGUACUGAUAAAACAGGAGAUGACUUAACGAUACUUGUGUCUUUGCUGUAAACCUUAAGCAAGCAGACAAUCUGGAGGGGUUUCAUGAAGAGAAAAAAAACAUUGCCUUUGUAGUGUGUCCAGGAUUUUUAAUGUUGUAUCUAGUGACUUACUUAUUGUCUGAUCAUGACACAUAUGAGAAAUUGACUUUUAAGUUUUAGUAUAUGGAAAAAAAGGUUCUGUAUACACUAGGUUGCUCUAUAAUUCAGACUUAUGUAGAUGUUCAUCCGAAAUGAAUGAGUUUCAAAAAUUUACUCUGAUGAUUUUGAUAAAUGUCUAAUCAGGAAUGUGGGCCCUACAAGAUACGUUCAAGUCAAAUAAUGAGCAAGGUCUAAGUUUACGAUGACUGAAAUACAACAAACAUCAUUUUAUCUCACCUAGGGGCGUGAAACGCGCAGUUUAAAAGAAAAAAAGACCAUUUAGAUUGCCAACUGGCAUACCUUAGCAUUGAACUUUAAUAUCUUACCAAAGCAAAAUCAAGGACGUGAAUAAAGUCCUUUGGAAAAUUAGCUAUAUUUUUAUGAAAACUAUUUAGAAUACAUGUCAAGAUUUGCUAUUUGAUACGAGUGUUUGUGAAAGUUACUAUUUCAGUCUUUAAAGGUUAAAUCAUAAAAGUAUUAAAAAGUUGAUAACAAUUAGUUAGUUUGUUGCUGGGGAAAAUAUUUCAUGAUGGACCUGUAAAUUCUUUACUUGUGGGUAAAACAGGUCUCAUAAGCGUAAAUACGACUAGCUUCUACUGAUUAUAACACAUAACGUACGAUUUGUUGUGAAUUAACUGUUGUUGUACUUUUUGUAGUUCAACCGCCACCCUUGUUUAAGAGCAACAUUUAAAAAACACGUUUUUUUCAUCCUCAAGUAAUAAGUAAGUAGACUCGCCCAGUUUAAUCAGUCUAGACGCAUAAUCUAACUCUAUACGCCUACUGCACCCGAUUUACAUUCGGAACAUUUUCACGCGUUUCGGGCUUUAUCGUAUGUUUAACAUGGGAUUUUUGAACCGUCCAAAGAUGUUGGAAAUGUUUGUCUCAUUUUUUUUUAAUAAAAAUGUUACUGCUUU